AUGUCUGACAGCAAGAACCAGUCUACGGUCGAGGCGUAUGCUGCGAAUUCUAAUGGCGAAAGCCCGUCGUCUGCGGUGGCUGUAAAUGCUACCGCGUCGGGAGAGGAUUCCGGUCAUGAAACAGCCGCAGACCAGAUUGACCAGAAGAAGAAAGGCUUUUUGGCGUAUUUCCACACCAAAGAGUUCUACAUAACCCUGCUUCUUGGUCAGUUCCUGGCUAUCACCAACACUGGCACCAACACCUUCAACGGACUGCUUGCCGAACGAGGAACGAACAUUCCGGCCUUCCAGUCUUUCUUCAACUAUUGCCUGUUGAACCUCGUCUUCACUUCCUAUACAAUCUACCAGUAUGGCUUUAAGGGCUGGUUUGAGAUGUUGUGGAAGCGGGGUUGGAAGUACAUCAUCCUGUCCUUUUGCGACGUCGAAGGCAACUACUUUAUGGUGCUGGCGUACAAAUACACCACCAUUCUCAGUGCGCAGUUGAUCAACUUCUGGGCCAUUGCGAUUGUCGUGGUGGUAUCCUUCCUUUUCCUCCGCGUUCGGUAUCACGUCAGCCAGGUAGUUGGUAUUCUCGUCUGCAUUGGCGGUAUGGGGGUCUUGAUCGCAUCGGAUCAUAUUCAAGGCACGAACGGGGGAAAUGCUCUCGACCAAGUCAAGGGAGAUCUUUUCGCCCUUCUUGGAGCUACCUUUUACGGUCUCGCCAACACCGGUGAAGAGUACUUUGUCAGUACUGCCCCUAUGUACGAGGUCAUCGGCCAAAUGGGAUUCUUUGGCAUGAUCAUCAAUGGCGUUCAAGCGGCGAUCUUCGACCGCAAAUCUAUUCGAGAUGCGCACUGGGACGGCCACGUUGGUGGGUACUUGGCCGGGUACACCCUGUGCUUGUCGAUUUUCUACUCUACAGCGCCGCUUCUUUUCCGUCUGGCAUCUGCGGCCUUUUUCAACAUCUCUUUGCUGACGAUGAACUUCUGGGGUGUUAUCAUUGGUAUUGAGGUCUUCGGCUACAGUGUGCACUGGAUGUACCCGAUCGCUUUCGUCUGCAUCAUUGUUGGCCAGCUCAUCUACUUCCUUGGCCGUCGUGUCCUAGGAGAAGCUCGCAAACCUUGGCUGGGUGAAAACCAAGAGCGUGGCGUCGCUGGCUUCUUCACUGCAAGACGCAAGAUUGAAGCGGACGCUGGUGCUGCGACCAAUACACCGGCUGGCCAGCGUGGUUCUGGCUCCGAUAAUGCUCUCACAAACCAUUCGACUGAAGUUUGA